AUGAGUUUGUUUGGUAUGCAGUUCUCGAAGAAGCCGCACUCGCCGCGGCCCAACGUCCAGGAGGAGAAGGAGGGGGAGCAUCUCGAAGCGGGCGAACGCAAGCGCAAGAACACCAACAGCAAGAACAAGAAGGGCAACUCCUUCGCCAGCCUUUCGACAGAGGAAGCCGAAGAACACCUCGCCAGCUCCAGCGACGAUGACGACACUGGGAUCAGCGUCACGGCGACCAAGGGCGAGCCGGACGUGGACGAGCAGCUAGAGGCCGCCGAGCACGUCGAGGAGGACAAGAAGCCCUUCGACGCCGCCACCAGCCUUCUCAUCUUCCACAACGGCCAGGUCUACGUGCGCGAGGACCGGGACGUGGUGGUAGAGAACGGCGGCCGGGCGUUGAUCCGCGACCUGCCAUCGUCCGUGCACCCGGCCUCCCUCAACUUCCGUUCGUUCACCGACUCUGAUGCCUCCAUCGUCGAGCACACGCUUGAGAAUGGGGUUGACUCGUUCAUGGCUCUGUUGGCCGAGUCAGUCGGCGAAGUGGUCACGCUGAAGCUCAACGACAAGGAGGAGAGCAGCGUCAGGGGCAAGCUGCUCCAGAUCAUGGAGAAGGAGGACGUCGCUCUCGAGACCGAAGAGGGUGCGGUGGUGGUCAUCUCCCGCGCUCACAUCGUCAGCGCCGAGGCCGGCCAUCAGUCGUUCAACAAGGAGCCCACGUUGCACUGCGUGGUAGAGACCAACCAGGAGGGCGCACACAAGGCGCAGCUCACCUAUGAGGCCUCUGGCAUCAACUGGUCCGCCGAGUACACCCUGGUCGUGCACCCCGACUCGCAGGCCGAGUUCACCGGCUGGAUCACGCUGGGCAACCAAUCGGGCAAGACAUUCAAGGACGCUGCUCUGGCUCUCGUUGCGCCGCCCCAAUCUGCUCCCGCCCAGUACGAGGAACGUGAUGGGCUCAACACGAAUAAGUUGAAGAAGCCUUUCUCCUCCAUCAGCAACUUUGGCAAACGCAAGUCGCCCAAACCGCUGGUGUCGACGCAAAACACCUCCUACCUGCCUCGCCCGAUCACCCUGGUGCAGGGCAAGGACAAGCAAGUGCGGAUCACCCACGCCACCUUCCCCAUCGAGCAGACCAACCUCUUCCGCACGUUCGUCGGAGCCUACAAGGGCUCGUUCCAGGGCUCGCAUUCCGAUCAUUCCCAGCACAAGAGCAUCGACAUGAUCCUGAGGUGGACCAACACCCACGACACCCACCACCGUCUGGGCAUUGAGCUCGCGUCGGGCAGCAUCGACGUGCUGGACUCGACCAAGGGCGACACGUUCCUCAACCUGCGCCACCAGGCCACCCUCAACUUCACCCGCCCGGGCGAGGAGAUUCUCCUCGUCACCGGCCGCCACAGUGACUUCACUGGCGAGCGUCGUGUGACGGAGCUCAAGGCGGACGUCAAGACGCGCACCAUUCGUGAGUCGGUGCAGAUCGAGCUCAAGAACCACAGCAAGACGAAGCACCAGGUCGUCGUGGAGGACCUCCUGUGGCGCUGGCAUAACUACACCGUCUCGCCGUGCCAGCCCAAGUACGAGGACAUCGCCAAGGGCAAGCAGAUCAUGACGUGGCGCCUCACCGUGGCCCCAAAGUCCACCGAGACCAUCCGCUACACGGUGCUCUACUCCAACGUGCCCCACCAGGCCAGCUGA